UAAACCGGAAGUAAGUUAAAAAUCGCGGUAGCCGGUAAUUUUUAAACAGAAAAGGUGAAAAUGGAGUGAAAGAACAGUCCAAAUUGAAUGAAAAUUAUUUCUUUUGUCAAUUAUUAGAAUAAAUUCAUUCAGAUACAGUGAAAGAUGUCGAUGCUUGGAGGCAUGACCUCAUUUGUGGAGGCCACGUCACAUAAAGACAUGUUGAUGCUAGCUGGACGACUGGUUGACAAACACUUACAGGAAGAUCGCAACAGCCUUGACCUGUCGGAACUUCUUCGUGUUCCCUUGCAUUCUCAGCCCAGUGUAAGCGGUCUCCAUGACUUUGACUAUCCCAGCUUGCUGGAGACUGGUAUAGGGCUUGAUGCUCUCUCAGAGAUUUCAAACUUAAAAAGAGUUCCUUUACCUCCAGAACUUGUCGAACAGUUUGGACGAAUGCAGUGUAACUGCAUGAUGGGACUGUUUCCAGAAAUAGAAAGAGCCUGGUUAUCUAUUGACAGUGAUAUAUUUGUCUGGAAAUAUGAAGAUGGAGGGGAUCUUGCAUAUUUUGAUGGCAUCAAUGAAACUAUAUUAUCAGCAGCUCUUGUAAAACCAAAACGAGGGAUAUUUCAGCCUCACAUACAGUAUUUACUUGUACUUGCAACUCCAGUUGAUAUAGUUCUACUUGGUGCAAGCUUCACACAUACAAAUGCAGAGUAUGACGAGAUGCAUUUAUUGCCGGAGCCGUUGUUCUCUAUACCCACAGACAAUACUUACAUCAUGAACAUUGUUGGUACUGAUACUGGUAGAAUAUUUAUGGCAGGAAAAGAUGGAUGCCUGUACGAGCUAGCAUACCAGGCAGAUGAUGGAUGGUUCAGCAGAAAAUGUCGGAAAAUCAACCACUCUACCAGUACCCUGUCUUUUCUGGUUCCCUCAUUUCUCAAUUUUUCAUUCAGUGAAGAAGAUCCAUUAGUUCAGAUAAGAGUUGACAAUUCCAGGAAUAUAUUGUACUGUCGGACAGAGAAAGGCUGUCUACAAGUGUAUGAUCUCGGUCAGGAUGGCAGAAGUCUGAGCAAAACUGCUGCAAUACCAUUACAAAAUAUUGUACAUAAUUCUUCGCAUGUAGCUAGAACAAUAGACCGGUCAAACUUCAAACCUAUUGUACAUAUUUCACCAAUUGAAAAGUCAGAAUCCAGCAACAUACAUCUAGUCGCACUUACACAAACAGGAGUAAGACUGUAUUUCACAACAAACCCAUUUGGUACUCAGAAAGGUAGACCUAGUAUGCUGACUUUGGUUCAUGUACGACUCCCGCCUGGGUUCCUCACAUCAGCUGCUCCUCAACGACCAAACAACAUACACAUGGCAUAUUAUAAACAAGGAUGUAUGAUAUUGUUAUCAUCACAAGGGGAGAACAGAGAUCUCAUGUGGACUAUAGGUAGUGACUCAUUCCCAUUCCAGAAUCAACUCAUGGAGUCACAUACAACCAUAGGUGUAGAAGGUAGGACCUGGUCCAUCAGUGAGGUAGAGUAUGUCAAACCUCAAUCUGAACAGGAGGCAAAUGGCAGGGACCCACCAGUUGUUGUUACUCAACAUGCUAAACCACCAAGAAAGUUUGUUAUACUUAGUGCGCAGGGAAGUCACAUUAUGAGUAAAUUACGUCCGGUGGAUCAGCUUCGACAGUUACUGAUAGAUUGUCAGGGACCAGAUGCUGAAGAGGUCAAAGCUUUCUUCAGAUUACACAAGAUUGAACAGGCCUGUGCUACUUGUCUGAUACUUGCCUGUACUCGACUGGCUACAGACCAACAGGUUGCAGACUGGGCAAAGAUGGCUUUCUUCCUGUAUGGGGGCGAGGCACAGUACACAUAUGGAGGUGGAGGUCUGUCAGGGGAUCGACCUCUAAUGCCUAGUAACAUUGGUCCUUCUGGUGGAGGAUUUGGUUUGAGCACAUCUAUGUACAGUCCUGGUCCAACACAGCAACAACAACAACAACAGAACAUUUCUACCUUCCCUACACCUAUGCAAGGUAUGCAUCCAACCCAGGCAUCAACCCCUAUGCCCUAUGGUAAUCAGCCUAUGUACCAUCAGCAGCCAGGGGGUCUGCCAGGGUUUAUGCAGGAUAUCAACUUCUCAGGCAAACAUAACGGAAUCUGCUUAUAUCUCGCUAGGAUUCUCAGACCUAUAUGGGAUAUGAUGGUAACGAAAGAAUUUCCAUGUCAAACACCAGAAGGAACUGUUAACUAUUUGACAUGUAAUUUCCCCAGUGAGGAUCUCGGCUUUGUGUUGGAAAAUGUACGGGAAUUAUCGGACUUUGUGGAUUUUAAUUCCAAAUUUGAUAUGGGACCUGCAGAUUCUGGAGGAAUGGGUGGGGUACCAUUUACACCUCAUAUAAUGGGCCACAUGGAUGAACAGACUAGAAGGAAAAUGCAAGCGGAAGCUCAGAGAAUGGAGAAGGUGUCACUACAGCAGGUACAGGAGUUGAUACACCGGGUAGAGGAGGUGCUAGGACUGCUUAAAGUACUCGUAGAUCACCAGUUCCAUACACUAGCUGUAACUUUAACAAAUGAUGAACAGAAUCAACUUAAAUCACUGACUUUUAAGGAAUUUGUCAUCACUGGUAAAGAACUAUGUGGCACACUGAUACAGUGUUUGAUAAACCGUUACCUUGACGACAAUGCAACAACAGAUGCUAUUAGCAGCCGAUUGAGGGAAAUCUGUCCGUCUUUGUACAGUACUGAUGAUGCUACAUGUUCAAAGGCUAAUGAAAUGCUUCAGGCAGCUAAGAUCAGUCAGAGUCCUGCAGAAAGACGACAACAUCUUCUGGAAGCACUAAGGCUAUAUAAGAGUGUAUCACAGCCUCUUCAGCUAGCAGAGGUAUGUAACCAGUUUUCCAGCGUACAUUUCUACGAGGGUAUAGUAGAUCUCUGUCUGACCAUGGCCAACAAACGGGAUCCCCAGAAACUUGCCCUACAUUUCUACAACAAUGAUGAACCACCUGAAGAUAUGCAGGGGGUACAAGAACUUAUGGCAAGGAAGGAAUGCUAUAAGUGUAUCACAGAAACUCUAGGUUACCUGAUGACUGCCAGUGUACCACAAGGGGCCAGCGUGAUACCCAAGUCCCCAGGGCCACCUCCUGCUGUAGACAGCAGUAGAAUGUCUAUAGAAGAUGCUGAACAAUAUAAAGCAGAGGUAUUCCGUCUAGCAUUAAGAUCUGAUGAUGAAUUAUUUCAUGUGUCACUGUAUGACUGGCUGUUCAGUAUGAAUAUGACAGAUAAAUUAUUAGAGAUCCAGUCACCAUUUUUGGAACAAUACCUGAAGCGAAGAGCCAGCUACCAGUCUGGAGAUGUGGCUGCGCUUGAUUUAUUAUGGAAAUACUAUGAGAAAAUAGAGAAUUAUCCUGCAGCAGCUAGAAUAUUGUCACGGCUAGCAGAGAGACAUGGUACUGAUCUAGACCUACAGAAGCGUAUUGUGUUGCUGUCUCGUGCAAUCAUGUGUGCGAAAAGUUCCACAUCAAGGUCAAGCUCAGCGGUAGAAGGAGAAUUUUUACAUGAAUUGGAGGAAAAAAUGGAGGUUGCUAGGUUACAGAUGAAUGUCCUUCGAGCCCUCACACAGGAAACUGUUGGUGGUCCAGAUGUUCAGGAAGCCAUGUCCAGGUUGGAGUCUGAUCUUCUAGAUAUUACAAUGCUGUAUGAAGAGUUUGCAGAUAGGUUUGACCUGUCAGAGUGUAAAUUGUCCAUUGUUCACUGUGCUGGGCUGUAUGAUAAUGCUCUUGUGGAAAAUCUUUGGCAGAACAUAAUAGAUAAAGAAUUUGAAAACACUCGAUCGAGUGCAGCUACAGUGAGGGUAAGAAACAUCAGUAACAAGUUGUGUGCUGUUGGCAAAACAUAUAUCAAAGCUGAGAGAUAUUUUCCCUUUGCUUUUAUUGUGAAGUACCUAGAACAAAGAAGCUGUGAACUGCAAUUUGAUGUUGGCUGGGUUUAUCAGCUUAUGUUAGAUAUUGGUGUGCCAGCUUUAAGAUUGCUUGAGUUGUAUGACAGAAUGUUUAAAUCCAGGGAUCCAUUCUGGUCUUCCAUCAACAGACCUCUGCAUCUCCUCUACGUUAUACACAGUUUCCUAAACAAGUUAGUGGAUAACACUUCACUGAUACCUGUCUAUGAAAGGAGGCAGUUUGGAACUAUGGGUCUCGAUUAUGUUGCGUGUUAUCUGGUGGAAUUACAGUCUAUAAGUAGUGUGGAUGUUAAUGUACGGACAUUGGUUGCCAACUACAAAGGAUUGCAAGCUAAAAUGGAGAGGUUGUGAUAAUCAGUGAUAAAAUAGAACUGCUUUCAAAUUCAUCUGAUCAUGGAAAAAAAAAGUGAAACAAUGAACCAGCUUAUCUGCGGUGAUAGAUAAUGAGGAAAUUAAUUUAUUUAAAGAAAAAAGAAAAUAAAGUGAGUGCCAUACAAUAAAGUUCUUGUUAAUUCAACUUUCUUCCUGAAUGGAACAAAAGUAGUAUUAGCAGUGUAAUGAAUUGAAAUUUUACAAAAUGGUAUUUAAAUUUGGAAAACUUGUUGUUGUACACGAGGCUUGUAUCAUGAUUCAAAAGGUGUUCAAAUGUAAUAGAUAUAUGAAAAAUUGAAUUACUGCUCAUAUCAACGAAAAGCCAAAGACAGCUCAUCACUGCAGAUAUGACUGACUGUAUGGGAAGUUCAGAAAAUUACAAACAGGUUCUGCACUAGGACCCAGUCAUAGAAAUACUGACACUGACUGGUAUUGUGGGUACAAUCAUUGAAGUGAGCUGAGACUGGUAGUCACAUACAGCAGUGAUUUAGAGAGUGGGUGUAAGGGUAGGGGGUUAGUGAGGGGGAAGGAAAUCUGACAAAUGAGAAUUAUAAAGGUGGUACAUUGGAAUAAUACUGUUUGAAAUGUUUGUAUGGUUAAAGGCUGUAAAUAAUUUCUUCUGAAUAUGUUCUGUUACCUGAUUAAAAGAUUCUAAUCAAAUUAAUUUUGAUCUGGUAAAUGUUGCUACAUUUUCAUUAACUUCACGAAACAAAUUAUGUAAUUUCACAGAUGUAUUGGCAAUUUUCAGCAUUUUGACAGCACAUUUUUGCAUAAAAAAUUAUCGAACAAGUGAAAAUCUGGUAUUUAAAAUUAUGUACUGAUUAUGUCCACUGUGACAGAAAGCUGAUACGUAAUUGAAAUACUGCAUAUUAGGUAAUACCCCAGUCACACAUACGGCGCGGAUAACUAAGUCUAGCCACGGAUAGAAACGUAGUAAUCUGUAUCGAUCCGUACGGAUUACUACUUAAAGGUACGGCUCCGGUACGGAUUACUACGUUUUUAUCCGUGGUUAGAGGUAGCUAACCGCGCCAUAUGUGUGACUUGGGUAUAAUAUGGUUUGAUUUUAUCCGAGUGAUGUGUGAAUUCCAAAUUUGAGGGAAAUCUCUAGAAUUGUUAACAACUAUAAAUUGUGAAAUGUUAACUUACAGGAUAAGUCUGUUGUCUAUGAAGUUGCAAAAUAAAAGAUAUUAAAUGUCAGAUGCAAAAAUUUCCGAAUCAUAUGUAUUGUCCAUUUUAUGACUGCAUCAUUGUGAAGACAUGAAAAUCAUGUUGUGUUUUAUAGACAAAUGAAUUCAAUAUUCUGCUGUCAUGGAGAAAUUAUUUUUGUGUAUUUUGAGAACAAUAAAAUUUAAAAAAAAAAUGAG